GUACUGGUUAGGUUCGUUCCGCUGCAGAUGGCUCCAGUUACGACUCGCCGCGCGCAGGCACAAAAGAAGAAAGGCGGAGUCGUCCAUCAGGAGGAUUCAAAUCGAUAUAUGACUUCGAAGAUUGUUCAUGAUACGAGUAAAACUUCCAAGUUGACAUGCUUUUUUGACGAGUCGCUUUUGGCAUGUGACAUCUGCUUAGAAGUCAUGCAUAAUGCGAUGAAUGUAUCUCCUUGCAAUCACAAAUUUUGUGCUGGUUGUAUUUAUGAGUGGAAUUCGUUGAACUCAAAAUGCCCAAAGGCGAAGAAACGACGAGAUGAAGCUCAGUUGAUUGAACUCGAUGAGCGAGAGCUGGAUCAUUUGGAGAAAUGGGAACGAAAGCGAGAUUCAGAUGAAGGAGAUUAUAUAGACAUGGAAGAUCAAUACUUUGAGAGUGAAGAUUCGGAUGCUUUCGAGGUGCAGGACGAGCAGCUGGAAGGAGACGAUGACGAUGUUUCUGCCUUGGACGAUUAUUCGAGCUCUGAGAGAUGGAGUGAUGAUGAUAUGAUGGGUAGUUACGAGGAUGAGGAGGACGAGGACGAUUCUGACAUUCAAGACGAGUAUCUGUCGCGCAGAAAUUUGGAGAAGGCUCGAAUGGAACGGUUACGCCGAGAGAAAGAAGAACGUGAGAGACUAAAGCAGAUGGAAGCGGAGCAAAGUCGCAAAACAAAUGCCGCAUCCAAGAAAGGAAGAACUCGUGAACCUCGUUGUGGAACAGGAGGGAACAGUUUGUUCAUGGGCUCUGAAUGGCAUGAGCACUCGUUCUUCCUGGAAGUGAAGCCACGUGCAGAAUUAGCUUCUUUAUUCGUCGAUUGCCCUUCCGAAUAUGCCAAAGCUGAGGGGCAGUUAGGAGAUGAUAGCGACAAAGAGAAUGAAGGCUUGAAUAUGGUUAGAGUCAGUGAGCAUGCCGUUGAAUUGGGCACACCUCCAUACCUUGCUGCAGGCCUCCAGUUGGAACGGAAGCUGCCACGAUUCCGUGCAAACAUCUCAAGUCUGACGUUCUAUCCACAAUCCCUUUGUGCACCCACAUGGGCUGAUAAUGAACGGCUUUUCAUGUGUAAACUUCACGUUGAAGCUGAUGGAGCUCCAUUUGUACCGAAGACGUUCCACCGACUUGCUCGCGAUAUAUGUGAUAUAGAGCCCUUAGAAGAGUAUUGUAAAAAUACAAAUGGUGCCACCAUCGCUCUUUCAUGCAGUCAAUGUGGUCACCCAGUUGUUGAUGUCAAACCGGGGCACAGCAAACAUCGUGAUGGGACGGAGUCAGGCAAAAUGCAUUCAGAUUGGUUUCCAAAUGACAAAAAAUUCUUAUUAAGCCACUCAUAUGUAGCUGUCAAUAAAGAGAGUGUGAUAGAUCCUGAAAUAUGUCAUGACGACCGAUUGUUGCUGUGCAAUGGAUGCAACGCAGAACUAGGCACCGUUGUUAAAAACUGUCACAACAUUUUCCUGUUCCAUCAUGCAGCUUGCACGUUUUCGGUGAAUUCAAAGGCUUUCCUAACGACGAGAUUCAACAGCAUAUCAAUCUUCUUCGCUCAAUUCGUAUUGUCAUCGUGUGAAGCGCAAUCUAGUCUCAAACUCGUUGUUCGUUCGCUUAACAAAACGCCACAUUUACUAAUAUGGCUGUUGGACUCAUAUAUUGUGGCGGCCUCAGGUGAGCUGCAUGAUGAAGAAACCAUGGAAUCUGAAGCGGAGAUUCAUCCCUUCCCGGCAGUGAAAAUGCUUUACAAGGUUUUCGAUGCUCAAAGCGCCGCUAACGAUCCACGAGCUAACGGUGAAGAUGCCAGUGUCGGCUUGGUCGACGUACCAUUGGGAUGUUGCUUGAAACUUAUUGAAUGCCUGUUGCUAAGCAGUUUCUCAUUACCACUUCCCUGCAGAUCCGUGGGACAGUUUUAUGUCGGUUUUCUAAAACUUGCUGAGUCGGUCUAG